GUCAGCUGUAUGUGGAAGAGCAAUAUAUCUUACCACAACUGUACAGAGGACAGAGGGGGUGGCUAUUAAUGUCUGUAUGGGAAUCCUAGUUUUGGAUGUGCGCCUUGUUAGAGUAGGGUAGGUCACUGUUGGGCCCACCAUUCCUUACCAAGGACCACCGCACCAUGAGGGUCCACAGAACUGGGCUUGAUCUGGACACCACCGAUUAUAGCAUAAACAUGGACCCUUCCUACACCAUGCUGGAGUUUGACAGCCUGAGAGCACUUCCUGAAGAGGCAGAGUCCCUGGUGCCAGUGGCAGCUUCCUCACCGCCCCCGAGCAAUGGCAACCUGUGCUCUAUAUGUGCGGACAGGGCCACGGGGAAGCACUACGGAGCUGCCAGCUGUGACGGCUGCAAGGGCUUCUUCCGCCGGAGCGUGAGGAAGAACCAUGCCUACCAGUGCAGGUUCAGCAGACAGUGCGUGGUGGACAAGGACAAGAGGAACCAUUGCCGCUACUGCCGGCUCAGGAAGUGCUUCAGAGCGGGCAUGAGAAAAGAAGCUGUCCAGAAUGAGCGGGACCGGAUUAGCUGCCGCAGAGACGGACAGGGGGCAGGGACGCUGUCCAUCAGCAUGCUGCUGCAAGCAGAAGCAAGUACACAUCAGCUCCAGUCCUCAGCUCUUGGCAUCCCCUGUGACACAGGCAUGAAGAAGGUCGCCCGCGUAGGGGACGUGUGUGAAUCCAUGAAGCAGCAGCUCCUCUUGCUGGUGGAGUGGGCAAAGCGCAUCCCCGGAUUCUGUGAGCUGCCGGUGGAUGACAGGGUGGCCUUGCUGAGGGCCCAUUCUGCUGAGCAUCUCAUCCUUGGCGCGGCUCGACGCUCCCUUCCCUACAAUGACAUCAUCCUUCUGGGAAAUGACUUCAUCAUAUCGGUGAAUGGGUCAGAGAUGGAGGUGUCCAAAGUGGCGGUCCGUAUUCUGGAGGAGCUCGUCAGGCCACUCCGAGAGCUGGAUGUCACUGACGUGGAGUUUGCCUGCCUGAAAGCCAUCAUCUUCUUCGCCCCAGACUGCCCAGGUCUGCAGAACCCUCAGGCGGUGCGGCAGAUCCGGUUCCAGGCCCAGGUGCUGCUGGACGAGGCCAGCUACGAGCAGCGCGGGCGCUUCGGGGAACUGCUUCUCAUGCUGCCGCCGCUGCAGAGUGUCGCCUGGCAGAUGGUGGAGCAGCUGCAGCUGGCGCGCCUGCUCGGGGAGGCCAGCGUGGACAGCCUGCUGCAGGAGAUGCUGCUGGGAGAGGGGGCAGACGGGGCCAGGGCGGGUACUGGAACUGGAGCUGAGGCUGCGACUGGGGCCGUGGCCAAAGGGCCAGAGACAGGAAGUCACACUGAAGUCUUCUCAUUCAUGUCCCCUGGAGACCCUGCCAUGGCCUGUGGUCCCCUAGGUGCCCAGGGGGUGUUGCCAAACCAAUUUAUCUCUGUAAUCCUUCCAGUACCAAAUUCUCUGCCAGGGCUUGCACUGGUGCCCACGCAGACUGGCACUGAGGUGUACAGACCAGGAGAAGAAGCAGGCAUGGCCCAGGAGAUGCCAAACAGCAUGUCCCUGCCACAUAUGCACACAUGUUUCUGAGAAAACCAUCACACACACACACACACACACACUCACACACACACACACACACACACACACACACACACACUCACACACGUGCACACAUACACAAAGACAUACACAGCUGCAUAAUGCACAUAUAUGGUCAUAUUGAACCAGAGGACUGAUAACAAAUAAUGAAGUUAUCAGCCACACAAGCAAGAGUGAGUACUGUGCAACAAGGCAAAUUAAAUGAAUCAUUAAUAGUGAUGUCAACUACACUCUAGAUAAACAUUUAUCUACAUUAAUAGAAUAUGGCCUUAAAAAGAAUAUCUUAUCAUACUACAUGACAUUACGACAGUAUUUAUGAGUGGUGAUGUGGCAGAGAUACUGUGCUCUGACAUAUUUUCUAAGGCCAUUAUGAUAUAAGCUAAUAUUUGAAUAUUAGCUUAUGAAAAAGUGAAUGAAAGUCAUGGAAAAAUAUCUACCGGUACUUUCUGUCAAUUAUUUUGUUACUUAACAUGAAUAGAUUUUUGUGCUGUUGUUCCAUUAUUGUACUGUCAUUGUUGUUUACCAAAUUAAAAGUAUACAUCCAA